GGCGAACGAAAGACUUGUGUAUUUAGUGUGGAACAACGUAUUGGACCAGUGACCACGUGGACGUGUAUUUCAGUUGAUCAGCAUGGCAGCCCCUGCGAAAAGCGUGGAGGAGCAAUUGGAAGAGAUGUUUGCGUCCGAUGGGGAAGUGCCGGGAGACGCGAGAGCGAGCACGGCUGCAGCAACAACUGUUCCAGAGGACGUGCCAGAGACGAACGACGAUGCCGUGGUACGGAGCCGAGGAAAGAAGCGCCUUAGAAACGAAGAUAAAUGGCUUCGUAACGUUAGGAAAGAACGGAGAGCUCUAGGUCAAGAGUAUGUAAACCGUAAGGGUAACCUUGUACCUCGAAAGGAAUUGCGGAAAAUCAGCGAGUGUACGUGCCGGUAUGAGUGCCACAAACACAUCAACGAAGAACAGCAGGAACAAGUGUUCAAUGAGUUUUAUAAUUUAGGCAGCCACGAUCUGCAGUCGGCUUUCCUGUUUACCAUGAUUAAAGUCGUUGAUAAAGCACGGUCUUACGUAGGUCAGCAACAUUCACGUAGGGAGAAGACGAGAUUGUAUUACUUGCUCAAUUCAAAUGGGUCUGAAACGAGGGUGUGCAAAAGAUUCUUUCAGAAUACUUUAGCCGUAUCUGCUGGAAGAAUCGAUAGGGUACUCAAGAAUAAAGGGGAAAAAGCCACCCCUCCUCGUGAUGGUAGAGGUAAAGGUGAACCUGGUAAUAAAACACCUCGCCACAAAGUUGAUGUAGUAAAACGUUUCAUAGAAAAAUUCCCGGCGUAUGAAAGCCAUUAUGCGUAUCAUAAAAAUAACGGUAGAAAGUAUUUAGGACCAGAUUUAAAUUUAUCAGUCAUGUAUUCACUGUACUGUGCAGAGGAGCAAAUGCCCGUUUCUCAUUUUAUUUUCCGCAAAAUUUUUUACGAAAACUUCAAUUUGUCAUUUCAUCCACCAGUGUCCGACUCUUGUCGAACAUGUGAUGCUUUGCAGGUAAAAAUAACAGCUGCCGAUAAUGAUAAGGAGAGGACGGAGUUAAUUGCAGAACGUGAAUUCCAUCAGCAAAAAGCUGAGUAUGCACGGGCAGGUUUACAUAGUGAUACAUUGCUUAGCAAAUCAGAUGGUAACGUUACAGUGAUAACAUUUGAUUUGAUGAAAACUUUGCCUACACCGAUCAUCUCAACUGGAGUUUGCUAUUACAAACGCUCACAAUCAGGUGACAGUAGCAGCAGCGAAGAAAACUGUGAUGAGCCAGAUGAAGUGGGAGUGCAUUGUGUUUCAAACACAGAGCAGAUAGUUGCACCUGAAGUUUAUGUCAAAGAGGGCAAGGUACUAUUUGGAUAUGACACGCUGAAGAGAUGGCAAGAAUACAUUGAAGAGCUAUAUCAAGGAGACCCUCUAACAGAUAAUAUGAUAGAAUUAAGCGAAGAAGUAGAGAAAGAAGAACUAGGGGACACAAUUCUGAAAGAUGAAUUUGAAAAAGCACUAAAAGAACUACCAGAUAAGAAAGCGGCAGGUGUUGAUGAUAUACCUUCUGAACUAAUUAAGGGGGGACGUACAUGA